AUGCAUGUUGACAAAAGUGGAAAGACAAACAACGCCUCCCAGCUCAGAACGGCCCUUAUAAAGGCCCAAGCUGCACAUAGUGUUGUCAAAAAAGGUGUAAAAAAAGAAGCUCUCCAAGAAUUCAAAGUUGAUAAUAAAACAACGAAAAUGGUUACGUGUCCAUCCUGUAAGCAAGCCACACAUGCAUGGCCUACAAGCAAUCUGUGUCCGAACAAGAAGGCAAAAGCACCUAUUGAUGGUGAAGAUGAAAAGGUGGAAAUCUGCUUCAUCAAUGUAUAUAUGACUAGCUGUAAUAAAUGCAAGCGUUCGACUUUUGGAGAAUAUAACGACAGCGACGUCAAAGCGAAGAGUACAUGCUGUAUUGCAGUAUAAAACUGUAAUACAACUUGGAAUCGCGACGUCAAUGCUGCCAAGAACAUCUUUCAAACGAGACCUACAUGUGUGAUUGAUAUCACUCCUUCAGAUAUCCCUACAGUUAUUUCCGAUUUUAAUCGAAUAAAACU